CGUACAGAAGAUGGAGUACGUCAUGAUAAAAGACAUCAGGCCAGGUUUGAAAAAUCUCAACGUGGUGUUCAUUGUAUUAGAGGUUGGUCAUCCAACAGUGACUAAGGAAAACCGUGAGGUACGGACUUGCAAAGUUGCAGAUUCAUCUGCUUGUAUUAAUGUUUCGAUUUGGGAUGAACCAGGGCAACUUUUGGUUCCAGGUGAUAUAGUCCGCCUAACAAAAGGCUAUGCAUCGAUUUGGCGUAACUGCCUCACCCUAUAUUCUGGCAAAAAUGGCGACAUACAAAAAAUUGGUGAAUUCUGCAUGGUAUUCAACGAGCAGUUAAAUAUGAGUGAACCAAAUCCUGCUCUAUCUGCACAGUUAAAUCAGACAUCAGGAACUCCGAACAACAAUAGUCUUAGUGGUAAUAACAAUGGAAACAGCAACAACGGUGGCCCAGUCGGCCGCCAUUCUGGUGUACAAAGUUCUCAGACUACACCUGCAAUUCAGCAGAAUUCCGUGUGUUCAGGGAAAGGGAAUGGAAGUGGUACUCGUUUCAGUGGUGAACAGACGGGAGGGGGGAAAGCUCAGGGCAAAGGAAGCCAAAGAGGAAAGGGUGGUCAUAGGAAUGGGGCACGUGGUGAAAGACGGUGAGGGAUAUUUUGUGUUAUGUAAUGUUUACCUACAACAGGGAACAUGUUAUCAAAGGACACUAUAAUUUCAUAUUAAACAGUGUGAAGUAAAUUGAUGCAUUAACGUGUAAACAAAAUUAUGUUAAUUGGGUUUAUUUACGUGCAUUGUAGGUAUUCAUUGUUUGUAUUUGCCAACAGUUUACAAAAAGGAUGACGAUUAAAGCAACUGCUUCACCAAGUU